GUUGCCGUGUUUUCUGAUUUGGCUCGGCGCUAGGACCGGGCACCCAGUCAGUGCGCAAAUCCCAGCAGAGAGAGGCAGCUCUCCGACGAGGAACGACAGAGGCAGGGGCUGUCUGUCUGCUCUGCAGGUUCAACCCAUCACCGGCGGGGGCUGCUGCACCUUCUGCCCGCCGACGGACCUGAACCAGCCGGCCUCGCCUAACCGGUGCCCUCCUUAUGGGCUCACCAUGCGCAGGAUACGGGCCAACGCCAUCGCCAUUCUGACCGUCGCCUGGAUCCUCGGCACCUUUUAUUACCUGUGGCAGGACAACAAGCCCGCGUCGACGCCGUCGUCGUCGUCGUCGUCGUCGGCGUCGCAGGCUCGGGGCAGGGGCCACGGGCAGAAGCUGGUCCCCGGUCGGCUGGAGAUCCACCGGGACGAGCGGACCAUCCCGCUGAUCGUGACUCAGCCCCCUCGAGCCGAGCAUCAGAGCCAACUGCUGGGCAGCUUUGAUGAGAAGGCCUACCUGGCAGCCAAGCAGCUCAAACCAGGGGACGACCCAUACAAGGAGCAUGCCUUUAAUCUGCAGGAGAGCGACCGUCUGGGCAGUGAGCGAGCCAUCCGAGACACUAGACACUACAGAUGCGCAUCUUUGACCUAUGAUGCAGACCUUCCCUCCACAAGCAUCAUCAUCACUUUCCACAAUGAAGCUCGCUCCACUUUACUUCGCACCAUCAAAAGUGUCCUGAUGCGAAGUCCCCCAUCUCUCAUCCAGGAAAUAAUCCUCAUAGAUGACUUCAGCACCGACCCUGAGGACUGCCAGCUGCUCUCCCAGAUCCCCAAAGUGCGCUGCCUGAGGAAUAGCAGGAGAGAGGGGUUGAUCCGAUCGCGAGUGAGAGGAGCCAACACGGCCUCUGCCACCGUUUUGACCUUCUUGGACAGCCACUGUGAGGUGAACACUGACUGGCUGCAGCCGAUGAUCCAGAGAGUCAAGGAGGAUCAUACACGAGUGGUCAGCCCCAUCAUAGAUGUGAUCAGCCUGGAUAACUUUGCUUACUUGGCUGCAUCUGCCGAUCUAAGAGGAGGAUUCGAUUGGAGUCUCCACUUCAAAUGGGAGCAGAUUCCCAUCGAGCAGAAAAUGGCGAGAAGCGAUCCCACGCAGCCCAUAAGGACUCCUGUCAUUGCGGGGGGCAUCUUCGUCAUGGACAAGAGCUGGUUCAACCACCUGGGCCAGUAUGACACUCACAUGGACAUCUGGGGCGGGGAGAACUUUGAGCUUUCGUUCCGAGUGUGGAUGUGUGGAGGAAGUCUGGAGAUCCUUCCCUGCAGCCGCGUGGGUCAUGUGUUCAGGAAACGACACCCGUACGACUUCCCAGAGGGCAACGCUCUUACCUACAUCAAGAACACCCGACGGGCUGCUGAGGUGUGGAUGGAUGAGUAUAAACAGUACUACUACUCCGCACGGCCGUCCGCUCAGGGCAAGGCCUUUGGCAGCAUCGCCGACCGUCUGACACUGCGGCGAAAAUUGAAUUGCAAACCUUUCCGUUGGUACAUGGAGAACGUCUAUCCUGAGCUGAGGGUCCCUGAGCAGGAAGCGGUAUCCAGUGUGCUGAAACAAGGCAGUUUGUGUCUGGAGACCCGUGGGAGGGACGGCAUCGGGCUGGCAGAGUGCAGGGGCGCUGGAACCAAUAGACCGCAGUCACAGAAAUGGGAGCUAUCGGAGCCCCUGAUUCGGCAACAGGACCUGUGCCUGGCCAUUUCUGCCUUCACAGCAGGGUCAAAAGUCAAGAUGGAGUCCUGCAACUCAAAAGAGCCCAGACAGAAGUGGAGGCCAAAAGGCCCGGCUCUUCAGCACAUGGUGAGCGGCCUGUGCCUGGACAGCCAGAGCGCCAGCGGACCCCUGGUCAUCACGCAGUGCCGCCCCCAGAUGGCCGGCCAGUCGUGGGAGCCGCAGGUCGUCGCCUGAAGCGUGCCUGAUGGGAAGGGUAGGAGACUGUGGAGGCGGUCCGCAGAAGGACACGAGGAGGGGGGCGGGGGAACCGGUCGAGUUGCUAAGGGACAGACGAAGUCAAAACUGUGUUUCUCUGACGUCAACCUCUGACUGAUCAUUUUAAGGCCUUGUUGAGGGGAAACCCUCCUGAGGUCCUCUGUGUACAGCGGUUCAUCCUGCGAGGACGCAGCAUAAUCUUCUAUGUAUUCUAAGCUUUCCACUGAAAAAGUUGCACAUCUCACCACUUUGUUUCUGUUUCUACUGCGGUCCACGGUUUGCUUUCGUUUUGAAACGAUUUGACGAGCGCAAGCGGUUACUGUAGCAAGCGCCUGAGCGACUCUUCGAUCAAAGUCACUGCUUUUGUGAAGCAGCCCGGUUUUAGGCGCGUCGAAAGGCCGCGAGGGACCAGGGCGGCUUUGUGCGCGGCCCCCCCGGAAAACGGGAGCUUUAUUGUUGCUGAUUAGCAAAGCACUGUCAGGACAUUAUUUAUUGUUUUGCACGGUCAGACCCAAAGAAUGUUUUUGAUUUUAUUUUUUUCCUUUUGUUUCUGUCUCCUAAAAAAAAAAAAAAAAAUGUUAUGUAAAUAUCUGAAACAGGUCCUUGUUUUUGUGUAAUCUGUAUGUGGUUUUAAAAAUAAAACGUGGUUACAAAGACAGUAGCAUUGGAGCCAUUUCUAAAAUAAAUUGCAUAAUAGUGCAAA